CACAGCUUCUUGAGACAAGUGCGUCACGCCAUUCGUUAUUGAAUGGUGAAAUUUGUCCAACCUCCAUUAUUUUAAAUUUUGUGAUGAAAUUUAUUUUAUUCUUUCUUACUGGUAGGCUUCAUCUGUUUUGAUGGUCACAUGAAAUUUUAUCUUUCAUCAAGGAUAUCUGAACGUUAAAACAGACAAGCGAGCUAGAGUUUUUCUGGAGAGGCGUUGACACGUGAACUCUACGUUCUGUAACCACCUGCAAUCAAAUAGAUUUGCGUCAAAUCCGAUCAUCUGAAGAGUGGCAAAUAUUGGGAAAUGUCUGCGCUGAACAGUCUGUUCUCAUUUACAAGCCCAGCAGUGAAAAAACUACUUGGUUGGAAGCAAGGUGAUGAAGAAGAAAAAUGGGCUGAAAAAGCUGUUGAUUCAUUGGUUAAAAAGUUGAAAAAGAAAAAAGGUGCAAUAGAAGAAUUGGAGAAAGCACUUAGCUGUCCUGGACAACCAAGCAAAUGUGUCACUAUUCCAAGAAGUUUAGAUGGUAGAUUGCAGGUGUCACAUCGCAAAGGUUUACCCCAUGUGAUAUAUUGUCGUGUGUGGCGAUGGCCAGAUUUGCAAUCUCAUCAUGAAUUGAAACCUUUAGAAAUAUGUGAAUAUCCCUUUUCUUCAAAGCAAAAGGAAGUGUGCAUUAACCCUUACCAUUAUAAGAGGGUGGAAAGUCCUGUGCUGCCUCCUGUUCUUGUGCCAAGACAUUCAGAGUUUGCCCCAGGGCAUUCACUUCUGCCUUUUCAACAGUUACCUGAACCAGCAAUGCCUCAUAAUGUCUCAUAUUCAGCUCAUGGUUUUGCCAAUCAAGCAGUUGGCUUGCCUCAAGCACCAGGGCCAUCAAGCACUAAAAGUAUGGAAAGACCAGUGGCCAGUGCCUUAAGUUCUCUAUCAGUUACCACCAACCCAACAUCACCUAUGAGUAAUGUUUCAAGCCCUGCGCCUAAUAGCCCUUACAACAGUUUACCAGCUGAAACACCACCACCAGCUUACAGUCCCCAUGAUGAAAAUGCUUCCUCACAGGAACCUAUGGAUACAACUCAUGGCCCUGUUGGUGACCUUGCUCCUGUGGCUUAUCAAGAGCCCAUUUAUUGGUGUAGCAUCGCAUAUUAUGAAUUGAAUUCACGAGUCGGCGAAGUAUUUCACGCUCAGUCCCAUUCAAUAAUUGUGGAUGGAUUCACAAAUCCUGAUAACAAAUCGGAUCGAUUUUGUCUUGGCCAACUUUCGAAUGUCAACCGCAAUUCGACCAUAGAAAAUACGCGGCGACACAUUGGAAAAGGUGUCCAUUUGUAUUACGUGGGGGGUGAGGUUUAUGCCGAAUGUUUGUCCGACUCCGCUAUAUUUGUUCAAUCUCGUAAUUGUAAUCAUCACCAUGGAUUUCAUCCCACAACCGUAUGCAAGAUUCCUCCUGGUUGUUCCCUUAAAAUAUUUAAUAAUCAGGAGUUUGCUCAGCUUCUGUCACAAUCAGUCAAUCAUGGAUUUGAAGCAGUGUAUGAGCUCACCAAAAUGUGUACAAUAAGAAUGUCAUUUGUAAAAGGUUGGGGCGCAGAAUACCAUCGCCAGGACGUCACAAGCACCCCAUGUUGGAUAGAAAUACAUCUUCAUGGACCACUACAAUGGUUGGAUAAAGUUCUAACUCAAAUGGGGUCGCCACAUAAUCCCAUUUCAUCUGUCUCGUAACAAUGUGAUGCUUCGUUAAAAUUCGCAACUUUAUCAUGGUUCAUCUAAUCAUUGUAGAAGAAGACAGUGCAACGGUUUGUGGGGAAGCUGCAGUUAUUUUCUUCAAACGUUGUAGAUGACUCCGUUGCGACAGUCUUUUUCACAGUUGAAAAUUUGUUUACAGAUCCAUGCUAAAUUGCGAAUAGGUUUGCGCCGCAAAUCUUCAAGUGUACCCGCAUUGAUACUGCUUGUUUCUUAUUUUAGUUUUCCUCCAAUAGCGAGCACUUUUCCCGUUUCCGUCUGUACCAACGGGAACGCUAACGUGUGCCAUAAUCUCUGAAUUUGCUCAUUUGGACUUGAGAAUCUGAAAUUAUCAACAACUAAAAUGGAGAAAGCAAUUUUAAAACAUUUUGCUGGGUUUCCAGGAGGCAUGUGACAUUUCUUUCAAAUAGAUUUGGUUUCAUUGUGUGCUAUGGGAUUAUAAAAUGUUCUAUAAAUGUCUUCGCACCAUUUUAUCAAUAAAUAGCGAAAUCCACA